AUGUGGGGGUGGUUGGGCUCCAUCUCCUAAAGUCUCCUCUGUUGGAUCCGGAGUGCGUCAGGAGAAGGUCGCAGAGCGCAUCAGCUGCCGCACGCGGCCGAUUCCCCCUCGCAUCUUGUUACCAUGAAGAGACAAAACGCCAGGACGCUCGCCCUCAUCAUCAGCAUCCUCACCUACCUGGUGGUCGGGGCGGCCGUCUUCGAGACCCUGGAGUCAAAACAGGAGAAAAGUCACAAGAGGAGGCUGGACGCCAGGAAGUACGAACUCAUGCGCAAAUUUAACUUGACCAAAGCGAACUUCGAGGAGCUGGAGCUCGUCGUUCUGCAGCUCAAACCUCACAAAGCUGGAGUUCAGUGGAAAUUUGCGGGCUCCUUUUACUUCGCCAUCACUGUGAUCACAACCAUAGGUUAUGGCCAUGCAGCGCCCAGCACCGACUCAGGAAAGGUGUUCUGCAUGUUCUACGCCCUGCUUGGGAUCCCUCUUACCCUGGUCAUGUUCCAGAGCCUCGGAGAGCGCAUCAACACGUUCGUCAAAUACCUGCUGCAUCAAGCCAAAAAGUGCCUGGGAAUGCGUCAGACUGAGGUCUCCAUGGCAAAUAUGGUGACAGUUGGCUUCUUCUCCUGCAUGAGCACCCUGUGUGUGGGGGCUGCAGCGUUCUCCCACUGCGAGGGAUGGAGUUUCCUGCACGCCUUUUACUACUGCUUCAUUACUCUCACCACCAUCGGCUUUGGAGAUUACGUGGCUCUGCAGAGGGAUGACGCUCUGCAGAAUGACCCUCGCUACGUGGCGUUCUGCUUUGUUUACAUCCUCAUGGGCCUGACAGUGAUUGGAGCGUUCCUAAACCUUGUUGUGCUUCGUUUCCUCACUAUGAAUACAGAGGAUGAGCGGCGGGACGCCAAGCAGAGGGCCUUGAUGUCUUUGGGAAAGCCCAGAGGAGAGGUGACUCGUCUUUUACCGCUCUCAACCUCAACUUCCUCCACAGCCGUAGCAAACAACACCACAAAGGCUAAAGAUUCAAAAGGUGCCUACACCGAGGUGCUGCAUUUCCAAACAAUAUGCUCCUGCUUGUGGUACAGAAGCAAAGAGAAGCUGCAGGGCUCCAUACCCACUAUGAUUCCUCAGGAGAUGACAUUCUCUGAUGCCUACUUGCAGCAGAACAGCAACUGUCCUCACUACAUUGAUCCUGGAUCAACAGGCUGUGUGUGCAGUCCACGUCAGUGCCCCAGCAUAAGCUCUAUAACAACAGGCCUACACAUUCUCUCUCCGUUCAAUUUGUUCAAAAGACGCAGCUCUGUUUAGCCUUUCGCAGCAGCUGCUCGAGCUGGAGCCUUCAAAAAUAACCAUUAACUGCAACUAAAUGUAUGUGGUGCUAAAAUCCUGGUAUUCCAAGACUAUAAUGCACAGAAAAAGGAAAGUGCACAAACGGCAAAGUCUUGAUCAAAUAUGAAAUGGAGGAAGAACAGCCAGCAAGGUUUUCUUUUUAGGAGGUUUUCUGUGGAUGAUGGUACAUGAGCUUAAUGCAGUGCAUUUUGUGCACCAGAGAUAAAGGCAUAGCAGAUGCUGAAGUCAAUGAAAUUAAGAGAUAUGAGAACUAAAUCUUAUUUACCCUGCAGCAUUUUUAACAUUACAUUUUUUUCUUUAAUUAUUUUGUUUGAGGUCUCUUAA